GUGACGUGUGUUAGCGGCUUGUCUGGUGACGUGUCUCUACUGCUCUCUCUUUUCUUACGGAGCGGCUGGAUGGAGCCACACUGACUCCGCUGAGCACUCAAACUGGUACCAGUAACACGGCAGGAGUCGGCCUAAGGACACCAUGGGGAUUAAAUUUUUGGAGGUCAUCAAGCCGUUCUGUGCGGUCUUGCCAGAAAUUCAGAAACCAGAAAGAAAGAUUCAGUUUAGGGAAAAAGUACUAUGGACCGCCAUCACGCUAUUCAUCUUUCUGGUGUGCUGCCAGAUUCCUCUCUUUGGCAUCAUGUCUUCAGAUUCAGCAGAUCCCUUCUACUGGAUGAGAGUAAUCUUGGCUUCCAACAGAGGUACUCUGAUGGAGCUGGGUAUCUCACCCAUUGUCACCUCAGGCCUUAUUAUGCAGCUGCUGGCUGGUGCCAAGAUCAUUGAGGUGGGAGACACUCCCAAGGACAGAGCCCUCUUCAACGGAGCUCAGAAAUUGUUUGGAAUGAUCAUCACCAUUGGACAGGCCAUUGUAUAUGUUAUGACUGGCAUGUAUGGAGACCCGUCAGAGAUGGGUGCUGGGAUAUGCUUGCUCAUCAUCAUCCAGCUCUUCGUUGCAGGUCUUAUUGUCUUGCUGCUGGAUGAGCUGCUCCAGAAGGGCUAUGGUCUGGGCUCGGGUAUCUCUCUCUUCAUUGCAACUAACAUCUGUGAGACGAUCGUGUGGAAGGCAUUCAGCCCCACCACUGUCAACACGGGCAGAGGUACUGAGUUUGAGGGAGCCAUCAUUGCUCUCUUUCAUCUCCUGGCCACCCGCACAGACAAGGUGCGUGCCCUGAGAGAGGCCUUCUACAGACAAAACCUGCCUAACCUCAUGAACCUCAUCGCCACCGUCUUCGUGUUUGCAGUGGUAAUAUAUUUCCAGGGCUUCAGGGUGGACCUGCCCAUCAAGUCAGCACGCUACCGUGGUCAGUACAACACCUACCCCAUCAAACUGUUCUACACGUCCAACAUCCCCAUCAUCCUGCAGUCUGCCCUGGUCUCCAAUCUCUACGUAAUAUCUCAGAUGCUCUCAACGCGUUUCAGUGGAAACUUCCUCGUCAACCUCCUGGGAACCUGGUCUGACACCUCGACUGGUGGACCAGCUCGGGCCUACCCAGUGGGCGGUCUCUGCUACUACCUGUCACCUCCAGAGUCGUUUGGUUCUGUCCUGGACGACCCGGUUCAUGCUGUUAUCUACAUUGUCUUCAUGCUUGGCUCCUGCGCCUUCUUCUCCAAGACCUGGAUUGAGGUUUCAGGAUCCUCUGCCAAAGAUGUGGCGAAGCAGCUGAAGGAGCAACAGAUGGUAAUGAGGGGACAUAGGGAGACCUCUAUGGUGCAUGAGCUUAACAGGUACAUCCCCACAGCUGCUGCCUUCGGUGGCCUCUGCAUAGGAGGGCUGUCCGUCAUGGCUGACUUCCUGGGUGCCAUCGGUUCCGGUACAGGAAUCCUCUUGGCUGUGACCAUCAUCUACCAGUACUUUGAAAUCUUUGUAAAGGAGCAGAGUGAAGUCGGCAGCAUGGGAGCGCUGCUCUUCUAGAAAAUACCAACCUUCUGACACACAUCAGACACAAAGCAUUCAUCCCCCCAUCAUGUUUUUUAUUUUGCAUUUUUUUUGCAAUUUGCACAAUCACUACAUUUUGCAGCUGGGAUAGGUAAUUUUCUCCACCGCCUGUGUUUUCCACCAUUACCUCUCUAGCAUGACAAUGCUGAGAAAACCGUUUCGGUUACUCCCAGCGCUGAGCAUAGUAUUGUGUGUCAUCAGUCCUUUACCUCCAGUAGCUUUUACCCAUCUCUCUGCAGGCUGCCUAAGUCCCCACUGACUGUCUCAUCAGCUGAAGAAUGCCUAAAAGCACACACGUGUGGGGUGCUGUCUCUGACUUACCUCAGGCAUUGUUCAUUGCAGCAUGUUCAAGGAACACUAAGACAGCGACAGUGUGUUAGUGCUUAUUUUGAGCUGGAAGCACUGCCUGGACAUUUUGGGGGAGCUGAAAGAAAGCCAUGUCAUGUUCAUCACAGGUAGCAAUCACGCUUGAGGUUUCUGGGGCCCUAUGGUAAGGAUGUAAAAAGUAUGAAUAAAAAAUGCUUGUACUCCUGAUAAGGUUUCUGGUAAUCUCAGAGAAGCUGUUGGUGGUUUUUAUUUACCUUAUUUUGAUAUUUUAAAUGAUGGACUAUGUUUAUAUUCACUCUGGUCUUAUGUAGGGCACAGUGUUUGUCCUCUGUCUCUGGGUCCUCAAAGGAAAGUGUUUGUCUGUGUGUCAUCAUGCUCUUUUAUUCCCAGACUGAAUCGCUGCACAAAAUACUGCCGAGAUGGUCGGGAUGAGGGUGGGUUUGAUAGGGACGAAAGGGGGUUUCAUUUUGGUUUUUACUUUAUGUAACAGACAUAAUUGUGUUAUUAAAAAAAAAACAGGAUUUUUUUUUCCAACAAA